AUGAGUCUCGCACAGGCAGCGGAAUGGUUCGCCACCAAUACAUACAUUGCAGACUCUCGAAAAUUCUGUGUCCUCAUCUUCAGCCACUACUCCACCGUCCGCGACGGCGCCGCUCUCGUCGAAGACCUCACCGACGCUCUAUCCAAACACAACACAAUCCCAGACCGUAUUAUCAUAACCACCGAUCAACCUCGAGAAGACGGGACUACUAGAAUCGAUAAGAUCCUCAGAUUACCUCCGAUCCCAUUCUCACAAUUCUACUCCGCUUACACCUCGCGUUGGAAAAGACUCAGCAUGGAUACGUUGAUCUCAGGGGAACCGUCGGUAGAGGGUGCCAUCAGACUCGCUAGGGAGAUAAGUAAUCAGAGACGCGGGGCUCAGAUACUAGUCACGGGGAGUAUUCAUUUAAUUGGGGGCGCUUUGGACAUUUUGCGGCCUUUGCCUUAGUUCGAUUAUCGAUGUGUUGUUGGAUUGGUUUGUUGGGAUAUGGGACGAGGUGUGUAACUUGGGCUGUUUGGCUUGGGGGUGAAUUUUACUCCUAGUUUUGGCUCAUAUUUU